UACCCUUCUCUAUCUAAGAGACUUGUCUCUCUACAGUCUCACACCUAAAUACCACCACCAGUCCACCACCACCCUCUUCUUAAUAAUACAAAAGCAAAAUUAAAUGGGAAAUAAAAACAAAAGGUGGUAGAUGCAUGAGACACAAAUACACACAACACUCUCUCUCUCUCUCUCUCUCUCUCUCUCUUCGCUCACCACCUUCCCUUCCUUAUAAAUCCCAAUCUUUUUUGCCUUUGCCAAGGAUUUUAAUUAAUUAACACCUGCCUCUAAUUCUCCGCGGCCUCUGUGCUCUGUGCUCCAACAACCGCCACCUUUUCUGCCUCCUCAGGAAUAGGUGGUACAUGAGAAAGGCCAUCAAGUGAGUGUUGUGCUUCAAUAAUUAAGUUGAAAUAAACCAUGGUGAGCUUAAGAAGACGCAGACUCUUGGGGCUAUGCUCUGGGGUAAGUCCUGUUCUAGAUCCACUUCCUAGGGCUUGUGACAAUGGAACUGUUCCUCAAAAUUUUUCUCGGACAAAUCCUGUCAGCGUGCAUCCCAUGCCUUCAAAUGAUGCAAAUCAGCCAGAUGGGAAUGCCAGCGUGAAAGUAGAAGCUCGGUCGCCAACUGCAUCUGGUUCUAGCUUAUCCAAAGAGCAGCAUGAUCAGCAAGUUGCAGGGCCACCAAUAAAACGCAGAAAGCGACAUCGGAGAAAGCAUUUCCAAAACCAAGAACCAUGUCUAAUGAGAGGUGUCUAUUUCAAAAAUAUGAAGUGGCAAGCAGCUAUAAAAGUUGACAAGAAACAAAUCCACUUGGGCACUGUUGGUUCACAAGAAGAGGCUGCUCGUUUGUAUGACAGGGCUGCUUUCAUGUGUGGGAGGGAACCCAAUUUCGAGCUUUCUGAAGAGGAGAAGCAAGAACUGAGGAAAUUCAAGUGGGAUGAGUUCUUGGCCAUGACUCGUCAUGCAAUCACCAACAAAAAACACAGGAGAAGGCCCGGGGCAGAGUCACACAAGAGGUCCGAGACUCCAUUGGAAAAUGGGGACUGGGAUGACAAAGAAGAAGUAGACAGUCUCUCGGCUUCAGAAGAUAUGGAGCAGGAUAUGUUAGGCUCUUGAAGAUAUAAUGGUUCAAGGAGAAUGCUUAAUUUUCUAUUUCUUAGCAGUUAAGUGCUAGCUGAUAGGCCUCCAUUUUUUAGUGUAUAAAGGCCCACAUUAGGGCAAAUGGUACAUUUUAUUGUCUCUUGAUAGGCAAAUGCUCCCAAUAAUUAGUCUCAGAUUAGAACCAUCAUUAGUCUCUAAUCGCUAGUGGUCAAAUAAACCCAUACAAAGCGAUAAUUCUAUUUUUCCAUUGGAAAUUUGCAACCUCUUUUAAGUUGUUAAUGCUUGAGAAACUUAUUUCAAGAAGAUC